AACCGAAUGGGAUUCCACGUAGGCGCUGAGACUGGCUCUAAAGUUUAGAAAGUUUUUUUUUUUUUUAAUACAUAUAGCUAUUUAUAAACAUCGAUAUAUUAUUAAUAAUUGUUGCCGUUGUUUAAUCGCUAUCGUUAUUUACCGUUAUUAAAAUAGGAUCCAUGAGCGUCGAUGCUUUGGGGAGCGUGAUGGACCCUACGCUUUCUAAACGGAACACGACUUUGAGAUUAGUUGACUUGGCAGGGGCUCACCACCAUCACCAUCAUCAGCAUGCCCCUCAGAGCAUGACAGGCUUCCCGGGGUUCAGCAGCCAUCCCCACUCAAUGGCUCACACGCACCCUGGGGAGAUUACUUCAGAACCCUGCCUGGGGCCAAGUCCAUUCGGGCCAGAACACAUGGGGCAUGCUGCGGCCCUUAAACUCAGCCCAGCCCAUCAUUAUCCCCACCACCAUCACCAACACAAUCAUCAUAUGGCAGGCCACACUGAAGUUGUCUCCAGUCAAACAGGGGCGUUUGGCCCAGUACAGGCGACACCAGUCCCAUACUCGAUGCCACAUACAGCCCAGGCAUUAUCGGCAGGUAGGGAUUUCCUUUUUCGCAGAGACUUGACAGCUACAGUCAUGCCAGGGCUUACUGAACAACAUCCCGGCACGAGUUCUCACCACGGAAUGUUUGUCUCAACAACAGGUAGCUUCUCUGGACACCAUGGUCUUCACUCUGAAGCAGGAAACCACACAGUCUUUUCUGGACUCCACCACGAAACGGCUUCUCACGCAGCUCCAGGUGGUCACGCAUUGAAUGGACAAAUAAGGUUAGGAAUACCUGGAGAAAUGUACGCUAGGACUGAUCAUUUCAGUCAAGUGACAGGUUCCAGGACUGAUCCGUUUACUGCUUCACCUCUGCACGGCUAUACAAACUUGAACCUGAAUAUGAAUUUAAGUGCACACCACCAUGGACCAGGUGCGUUUUUCCGCUAUAUGCGACAGCCGAUCAAACAAGAACUUAUUUGUAAGUGGAUGGAGUCAGAUCGGGCUCCAAAGAAACUUUGCUCUAAAACUUACAGUACGAUGCACGAACUGGUAACGCACGUCACAGUGGAGCACGUCGGAGGACCAGAACAAGCAAAUCACAUUUGCUUUUGGGAAGAAUGUCCGAGAGAAGGAAAACCAUUUAAAGCCAAGUACAAACUUGUAAACCAUAUCAGGGUACACACGGGAGAAAAACCUUUCCCGUGCCCCUUUCCUGGCUGUGGAAAAGUUUUUGCAAGAUCCGAAAACCUCAAGAUUCAUAAAAGGACACAUACAGGGGAAAAGCCUUUCAAAUGUGAAUUUGAUGGUUGUGAUAGACGUUUUGCUAACAGCAGUGACAGAAAGAAACAUUCCCAUGUGCACACCAGUGAUAAGCCAUACAACUGCAAAGUGAGAGGCUGUGAUAAAUCCUACACACACCCUAGUUCUUUAAGGAAGCACAUGAAGGUGCAUUGCAAGUCUCCACCUCCAAGCUCGGGAUAUGAAUCUUCAACUCCUUCUUUAGUCUCUCCUUCCUCUGACUCAGGGCGAGACCCAGCUUCAUCUGCUCAUUCUGACCCACUCUCUUCCUCCCAAACUGCAAAUUUAAGUGAAUGGUAUGUGUGUCAGAGUUCUGGUACAACUGGAAUUCCAACACCUCCAAGCAACUCCUCAUCUCCUGAGCCAGAGGACAAGCGUCCAUACAGAAACUCGGCACCACGGAAUAUGUUUUAAACAAUCUCUGAGAGUCCUGGUACAGAAUAGCAAAUCUUUAACUGAAAGGUGUGAAUCUCUACCAGUUUGAUUUUGUCAGCCUUUAUAGCAUAAAUAAUAAUACCGGCACUGAAAAUUUUAAUUGACAAUUUCAAAAAUGGUCUUCAUAAAGCACAGUUCUGGCCACAAAUUUAUAAAACAUGUAAGACAAAGCAUUUUAUGUCUUAAUCUCUUUUUUGUAUUUUUUCAUUUUUUUUCAUUACCAUAAUUUAUUUUUUCACUGAAUUUUGCCCACAUUUUUGUAUUAUUGAACCAAAGUGUUUUCAAGAUAUUGUAUAUUUGUAAAUGGUGAUGUUCUCAUUUGUCAGUGGUUAAACUAAUUUUGUAAAGUAUAUCCUUCGGCAUUUUUUGAAGAAAUGUAUUUUAUAUUGUUUGCUACAAGUUUGUAUAAAGGUAAUAUUGAAAUUUGACCUAUUAAUGUUCCAUUAAAAUAAGUAUCCUGUUUUAUGUAUAUGUUGCUGGAGUUGCCUUUAAAUUCUGGCCCCAUUUUGACUAGAUUUUGAUUGUUUAUGAAAAGUAUAUAAUGGUUGUUUGCCAUAACUGAAUUUGAUCUUUGUGAAUAAAGAAUUGUGUUUCUGUAAAUGUGGAAAAACACUAGCUAUAACUAUUUUUUAUUGUUUUAUAGUCAUUAUUUAUUUCAUCAAGGAAUUAUUUGCGUAAAAAAUCCAGUUUAAGCAUACUGCCAAAACAUUUUUUGCAAUGUUGUAAAGUCGCCAUCUCACUGAUUUCUUCAGAAUGUGUACCAAACUGCCUUGUAUUUUGUCAGCAUUUUAUAAAAACGUGUAUUCAUAGUGUUAGUAUUGUCAAUACGCAGCUGCUGUGUAUUGUAAAAUAAAGCAUUUGUUAUAGAAAAAAGCUAAACUGUAUUAGACUGUAUGAUCUAUCUAUCUAUCUAUCUAUCUAUCUA